AUGAGCGCUUCCCAAACUCACACGACAUCACAACAGGCGUCUACAACUACAUUCCCCACACACCUCCCACCCCGUCCACCAACCAUCCAGGAGCGCGUCGGCCGCUGGUUGUUCCCUAUCCAUGUUGAGAGCUACCAAAUGAUGCCUACACGAAGUGCAGCAGCGGUACGGCCGGAGGAAAGGAGGAGGAUUGAUUGUGGUAGAAAUAUGAACGGAACUGGAAGCGGUGAUACUGAUGAAGAAGGACAAGGGGUGGAGAUGAUGGUAGCAGUGAGGGCACAAAGAAAACGCCGGCUUGCGUGCUUGAUCGGGACACCGGUGUGUGUUGUUGCGGGUGUGGCGUUUGCGGUGGUUGUGUAUGUCACGGUUGUGGACUCGGUGGAGUCGAACUUGCUCAAACUUCAACUCGUCCCCUGCAAUCGACACUGCCUGCCCUUUGUACUCCUCCGGCUGCAUCAGCGCCUGCGCAGCGAAGUAGCCGCCGAUGGCAGCUUGGUUAGACGUGUGCUCAGACAUGUCGUGCCACGUCCGGCAAAUCCGUCAUAUCCCUCGAAUAGAGAUUCUUUUACAGAUCCAAUGCAGAUAGUAGGGUCUGGAGAUCUCGGUCUUGCGUUUACGAAUGAGGUCGUCGUUCUUGGGGCUCAAGCUAGAGCUGGUUUAGGCAGCAAGCUAGACCUAAAAGAGUAUGCAUAUCUCGAAAAACACGAUCGCAGAGGGCCAAGCUUCUGCCACGGCAAACCGUACUGA